AUGACUAAAUCAUCCUCGUUUCUUCAACCUGCAAUUCCUAAGUUCGAUGGUUUCUACAAUCAUUGGUCUAUGUUAAUGGAGAAUCUUCUUCGCUCCAAAGAAUAUUGGAAUCUUAUUGAAUAUGGCGUCAUCAUUGCUCCACCAAACGCAACACUAGAACAACAUAAACUUGUAAAUGAAAGCAAGCUUCGUGAUUUGAAAGUGAAGAAUUAUCUCUUUCAAUCCAUAGAUCGCUCAAUCAUGGAGAAAAUUAUUGUUUGUGAUACAUCAAAGGAUAUAUGGGAUUCCAUGCGUAGAAAAUAUCAAGGCUCAACAAAGGUUAAACGAGCUCAAUUGCAAAUUCUUCGUCGUGAAUUAGAAGUUCUUGCCAUGAAAGAUAGUGAAUCUGUGAAUGAUUACAUAGGAAAAACUCUUGCAAUUACAAAUUGCAUGACAUCUCAUGGUGAAAGAUUGGAGCAAACUAUUAUUGUGGAAAAAGUUAUGUGUUCAAUGACUCCCAAAUUCAACUAUGUAGUUUGUUCAAUUGAAGAAUCCAAUGAUGUUACUAUGCUCAGUGUUGAUGAGUUACAAAGCAGUCUUCUUGUUCAUGAACAAAGAAUGCAUGCUCAACAUUCAAAAGAAGAAGAACAAGCAUUGAAAGUCUCUCAAUCUGGAAGAGGAUAUGGAAGAAGUAGAGGGGUAAGAAAUGGGUGCAGAGGUCCUGGAGGACGUGGAAGAGGAAGACAAAGUAAAAAAUUCAUUGAAUGCUUCAAGUGUCGUAAGAUUGGUUAUUAUCAGAGUGAAUGCCUUACCUGGGAAGAGAAUGAUGCCAAUUACACUGAAUUUGAUGAUAGUGAAAAAAUGCUUCUGAUGGCAAAACAAGAAAUCACAAAUCAAGCUAAAGAUGAGGUAUGGUUCCUUGAUUUUGUCUGUAGCAAUCAUAUGGUAUGA